UAAAGGGUCAAAUUAAUACUUUGUAGGGUCCAUAAAAUAAUGUGAUGAAAUGUUGUUGGAGGAAGUAUGUUAUAAGAAAAUCCCGUUGUUGAUAUACAAUGACCCCAUUUUUUUUUUUCACAAAAUCUAAAAAAAUAAAAACAUGAAAUACUCUCCAUAGUCCAUGCUAAUGAUACUUACUAAGAUACUAUAUACUUCGUACUUUACUUCCACACAUGGCUCUAAUUUACCCACCUACACAAUUAGACUUGUGGUUUAGCUGACAUUUCCAACUCCUUUACUUCAUAAUUUUUAAAAACAUCCCACAAUUAUUUUAUAGCCAUAAAGACUACAUACACCCCAUUUUAUUUAUUUAUUUUUUAUGUAUCCCACUAGGCCACAACAUUUCCCCCCACCCUCAACUUCUCAAUAUAAAUUCUCCCAAAUUUCUCUAUUUACCAAAUUCUAUCAUCAAACAUUUCAUACCAACCCAUAAAAAACACACACACCACACCACCCAUAACAUGGGCUCUAGAGGUGACUUUGAGGAGCCUCUCCUCACAUCCCAACCUCCUCUCCUUCUGCCGCCUUCGCAUAAGGCGGCGAAAGAGACGAUCCCGGCUUUAGAAGAGACCUUAAGCGACCGUGACAUGUCAUUUCUCCGACGUAUAUGGCUGGCCACGUGGCUAGAAAUGACCUAUUUAGUCCCACUUGCGGGACCCGCAAUUGUAGUGUACUUGCUAAACAACGUGAUAUCGAUGUCCACACAAAUAUUUUGCGGUCACCUCGGUAAUCUUGAACUUGCGGCCACUUCUCUCGGCAAUAACGGCGUUCAACUCUUGGCCUAUGGUCUCAUGCUUGGUAUGGGAAGCGCGGUGGAAACACUAUGUGGGCAAGCAUACGGUGCUAAUAAGCACGACAUGCUUGGAGUUUAUAUGCAACGAUCCACUGUCCUCCUAAUGGCCACCGGUAUACCAUUAAUGAUCGUGUACCUUUUCUCUAAGGACAUCCUUUUACUACUAGGGGAGCCAGAGAACAUAGCCUCAGCAGCCGCGAUUUUCAUAUAUGGUUUGAUCCCUCAAAUUUUUGCAUACGCGUGCAAUUUUCCUAUACAAAAGUUCCUCCAAUCACAAAGUGUGGUGUUCCCAAGUGCAUACAUCUCAGCCGCGGCCCUAGUGGCUCACAUUGGGCUUACUUGGGUUGCGGUUUACAAGCUUGGAUGGGGCCUCCUUGGGGCUGGUUUGGUGUUGAGUUUUUCGUGGUGGAUCAUAGUCGUGGCACAGUUUGUUUACAUAGUGGUGAGCUCAAGGUUCAAGUAUACUUGGACCGGGUUUAGUUUGGCUGCGUUUAGUGGGCUUUACGAGUUCUUCAAACUGUCUGCUGCCUCAGCUGUGAUGCUGUGUUUAGAAACUUGGUAUUUUCAGAUAUUGGUGUUGAUUGCUGGCUUGCUCGAUAAUGCUCAACUCGCCUUAGACUCCCUUUCAGUAAGCAUGACAAUUUCUGGAUGGGUGUUCAUGAUUUCAGUGGGAUUCAAUGCAGCUGCAAGUGUAAGAGUGAGCAAUGAGCUAGGAGCAAAGCACCCAAAAUCGGCCUCAUUUUCUGUUGUAGCAGUGACAACCAUUUCCUUCUUAAUCGCCCUUAUCUUUGCCAUCCUUGUGCUCAUUUUCCGGUAUCAGCUGAGUUACAUCUUCACUGGUGGAACUGAAGUCUCUGAAGCUGUUGCUGAUCUCUCCCCCUUCCUCGCCAUUUCUAUCCUUCUGAAUGGAGUCCAACCUGUUUUAUCAGGGGUGGCAGUUGGAUGUGGAUGGCAAUCCUUUGUUGCUUAUGUAAAUGUCGCGUGUUAUUAUGUGGUUGGAAUCCCCGUUGGAGUACUACUCGGAUUUUACUUUAAGCUUGGUGUUAAGGGCAUAUGGGGUGGAAUGAUCGGAGGUACUGUGAUACAAACUCUUAUUCUACUAUGGGUCACGUAUCGAACAGAUUGGGAAAAAGAGGUAGAGAAAGCUGCAGAACGACUAGAUACAUGGGAUGCCAUGAAAGAGCCAUUGAUAAACAAGAUGAGUUGAAUGUAAAUCAUCAUUAACGAUCAAAUUUGUGCGACAAAAACUGAACAAAAGUGCAGUACUGAGUAUCUCAUCUAUAUACAGAGCUUCAAAUCAAACAUGAAAGCAAAUUUUGUUCGUAGUGAAAAUGGAUGCAUAUUUGUUGUGGAAAUUA